CCGCCUCGAAAUAAAGAAUACGACUGUCACUUCUCUUUCUCGCUUUACCAUCAACACAUCUGUCCAAAUUUACUACUCCUUUCGAAUUUAGGCGCAGCAAAAGUUUGCGGCGAUGAAUCGGGGAAACGAUCCCAAUCCGUUUGAUGAGGAAGAACCUGAAGUCAAUCCAUUUUCGAAUGGCGACAAGUCAAAGUCUCGCUUUCCCAGUGUGGUUGCAGGUGCACUCGGUUUUGGUCAGAAACAUGAAGCCACUGUAGAUAUACCAUUAGAUGCUAUGAAUGAUUCAAAGAAAAAGGAGAACGAACUUGCCGCAUGGGAAGCAGAGUUAAAGAAAAAAGAGAGGGAGAUUAAACGGAGAGAAGAUGCUGUUAACAAUGCUGGUGUUCCUGUUGACGAUAGAAACUGGCCUCCAUUUUUUCCCAUUAUCCAUCAUGAUAUAGCCAAUGAGAUACCAGUUCAUGCUCAGAAGUUACAGUAUCUGGCUUUUGCAAGUUGGUUAGGGAUUGUACUUUGCCUUUCAUUUAAUGUUAUUGCAGUCACCAUUUGCUGGAUAAAGGGCGGUGGGGUCAAACUCUUUUUACUUGCCAUAAUCUAUGCUCUAAUGGGAUGCCCCCUCUCAUAUGUGCUUUGGUAUAGGCCUUUGUAUCGUGCAAUGAGGACUGAUAGUGCACUGAAGUUUGGGUGGUUUUUCUUGUGCUAUAUGUUUCACAUUGGUUUCUGCAUUGUUGCUGCAAUUGCACCUCCAAUCGUCUUUCAAGGGAAAUCAUUAACUGGCAUCCUUGCAGCUGUUGAUGUCUUUUCGGACCAUGUCUUAGUUGGGAUCUUUUACCUGAUUGGGUUUGCAUUCUUUUGCUUGGAAACACUGCUCAGCUUAUGGGUACUCCAGAAAAUAUAUGCAUAUUUCCGGGGACAGAAAUGAUAGUACUACCUCGGAAGUCAUCUAAGGUCUGCAUCCCUUCUUGGUUGAUUCCACCAUUUUUGUAUCAGAUUCUAUUACUCCUAGGAUGUAGAGAAACUACAGUAAAAGUUGAUUUCGAUAUGAAACUUUUAUGCUACUCUCCACAAAAUUUAUACCGGUAUUGUAUUUAUUUCGGUUUUACAGACUA